UAGUGGCAAACUUGUAAAAGAGCCAACACCUGUUGUAUUAAUAUAUUUGGCAUUGUAUUUACAUAUUUUAUCCCCGUGAAAUUAGCGUUUGCUUCUUCUUGACAGUUUUCAUUAAAACUUAAGUUGCAGUUGUGCGAAAAAGUGUAAACCUUACUAUAAGUGGUAGCGAUUUCAAGCUUUUGCAAUGGGAGGCCACGUAGUGUUAGUCGUUGGCAGUGGAGGGAGAGAACAUGCGAUAUGCUGGAAACUUGCACAAUCUGCCCACGUCGAGCGCAUUUACAUUGCACCUGGCAAUAGUGGCAUAAGCCAAGAAAACAAAGUUUCCCUCAUUCAACUGGAUGUCAAAGACAAUAAGCAAGUCGGCGAAUGGUGCAAGAAAAACAAUGUUAGCAUGGUUGUAGUUGGUCCUGAGGAUUAUUUAGCUCGCGGUUUGGCUGACGAAUUGAAAAGGGUUGGGAUUCCUUGCUUCGGGCCGAGAAAAGACGCAGCAAGAAUCGAAAGUGAUAAGGACUGGGCCAAAGCUUUCAUGGAUCGUCACCAGAUUCCCACGGCAAGGUGGAAGGGAUUCACAAAUAACGAAGAGGCGAAAAAAUUUGUUCGGGAAGCGCCGUUCAAAGCUUUAGUCAUUAAAGCUGCGGGCUUAGCAGCUGGAAAAGGAGUCGUGGUCGCUAAAAAUAAUGAAGAAGCUUGUCAAGCUAUUGACGAAAUGCUCAACGAUAAGAAGUUCGGUUCAGCUGGUGAUACGAUUGUGGUCGAAGAAUUGUUAGAGGGAGAAGAAGUUUCCAUGCUAGCAUUUACCGAUGGUAAAACAGUAGUCAGUAUGGCCCCAGCUCAAGAUCACAAGAGGAUUUUCGACGGGGACAAAGGACUUAAUACAGGUGGUAUGGGUGCUUACUGCCCUUGUCCACUGUUGACUGCACAGGAAUGUAAAGCAAUGAAAGACGAAGUGCUUCAGAAAGCGGUAGACGGGCUGCGCAAAGAAAAUAUAACAUUUGUGGGUGUUCUGUAUGCUGGUUUGAUGCUCACGUCAGAUGGUCCAAAAGUCUUAGAGUUCAACUGUCGUUUCGGCGAUCCUGAAACUCAAGUCAUUUUGCCACUGUUAAACUCUGAUUUGUUUAUCAUCAUGAAAGCGUGCUGCGAUCGAACCCUAAGCCCACAACAUGUCUUAUGGAGAGAAAAUAUCUUUGCCACAGGAGUGAUUUUAGCGUCACGUGGUUACCCCGAGUCAUCAUCGAAAGGACAGGUGAUUCAAGGUGUUGAAGAAAUAAUGUCUAGGCGCGAUCAUUUUGUAUUCCACAGUGGAACGAGCCUCUCAGCCAACGGAGAUCUAUUAACGAAUGGUGGGAGAGUAUUGAUUGCAGUUGCAUUAGCCUCUUCGUUGGCAUUAGCUGCAGCAAAAGCUACAGCAGCGGCUCGUCAUAUCAAAUUCGACGGAAAACAAUUUAGAACAGAUAUUGCUCACAAAGGGAUCGCCAGGUCGAUUUCACACCAUGGUCAAAUGACCUAUAAAAGUAGCGGGGUAGACAUCCAAGCUGGAGAUUCAUUAGUUUCCACCAUCAAGCCUGCGGUUUCGUCUACCAAUCGAAGUGGUACGCUUGGCAGCAUCGGUGGAUUCGGUGGCUUGUUUGAUAUUAAAGCAGCUGGAUUCAAAGAUCCUUUACUGGUAUCAGGUACCGAUGGUGUAGGAACCAAGUUAAAAGUAGCAAUAGAAUACGGCAAACAUAACACAAUUGGUAUUGAUUUAGUAGCUAUGUGCGUAAAUGAUGUUCUGGCACAUGGAGCGGAGCCUUUAUUUUUCCUCGAUUACUUUGCAUGUGGCAAGUUAAACGUUGAAACAGCCGCAAAAGUAGUUAGUGGAAUAAUUGAAGGUUGUAAACGCGCCGGCUGUUCACUGGUUGGUGGAGAAACUGCGGAAAUGCCAGACAUGUAUAAAGAGGGAGAUUAUGAUUUAGCUGGUUUUGCGGUAGGAGCUGUAGAAAAAUCAGACUUCUUACCAAGGACUCAUGAAAUUAAGCCAAAAGAUGUUGUAAUUGGGUUAGGAUCCAGUGGUGUUCACAGUAAUGGAUUCAGUUUAGUCAGGAAAGUUUUGAAAUUAGCUGACAAACAUUAUACAGAUAUUGCUCCAUUUUCUAAAACAGGGAAAACUAUUGGAGAAGAACUGUUAGAGCCCACGAAGAUUUAUACAAAAUCUUUGAUUCCUGUGUUGAAGUCAAAGCUAAUCAAAGGAUUUGCACAUAUCACUGGUGGCGGUUUGACGGAAAAUAUUCCUCGUAUUCUUCCUGAUGGCACUGGCGUAACAUUAGACGCAACCAGUUGGGAUAUACAUCCAGUUUUUGGUUGGCUUGCUGCUACUGGUGGCAUUGGGAAGUAUGAAAUGUUAAGGACAUUUAAUUGUGGUAUUGGAGGAAUUCUUAUUUGUUCUCCGGAACAUAAAGACCAAGUAUUGGACCUACUAAAAUCUGAAAACGCGGUAGCUAUUGGAGAAGUUAAUUCUUUAGAAGGAAAUCUCAGCGAACGGGUCAACGUUAAGAACUUUGAGAAAGCUAUAGAAUUUGAAAUGAAGAGACAUGUGAAGUCAUUGGUAGAGAAGUUAUCAAAACCUUUGAAAAGAGUCGGUGUGCUCAUAUCUGGUAGUGGAACAAAUUUACAAGCACUUAUAGACGCUACUCAAGAUCCAACACAGCAUAUUGGAGCUGAAAUCGUUCUGGUUAUAUCAAAUAAAAGCGAUGUUGAAGGUCUUAAAAGGGCCGAAAGAGCAGGAAUAGCUACUAAGGUUAUCAAACACGUUGAUUUCUCUACUAGAGAGGCUUUUGACGCAGAAAUGGAUAAGGAACUUGUAAAAGCCGGUGUACAAAUAAUAUGCCUUGCUGGUUUUAUGAGGAUACUUUCGGCAACUUUUGUAAAUAAGUGGAACGGUGCUAUAAUAAACAUCCAUCCAUCUUUGUUACCGUCGUUCAAAGGAGGUAAUGCCCAUAAAGACGUUUUAGCUUUUGGUGCUCGGAUUUCAGGCUGCACUGUUCAUUUUGUCGCACCUGAAAUUGAUUCUGGAGCUAUCAUUGAACAAGCAUCAGUUCCCGUGUUACCCAACGACACUGUUGAAACAUUACAAGAGCGUGUCAAAUCUGUUGAACACACAACAUUCCCAAAAGCGCUAAAACACUUGGCAACAGAAAGAAUAAGAUUGAGGAAUGAUGGUUCUCUCGAAUGGUUAUAUUAA